AUACGAAUGGAGCCCACAGAAGCAAAGGUUAAGAAGCAGCACAAGGACAAGCAGCAGAAAAAAGAUGCUCUCAGUGCCAAUCCAUAUCCUCUAGAGUUUUCUCCUCAGGCCCCUUUCAUCCAGCACAGGAUCGAUAUGUUUGACAGGCUCAAGAAGGAAUACGACGCUGAAAUUGCAGCCAAACCUCGUACUCCCAUUGAAGUCACUCUUCCUGAUGGUCGUAUAAUGCCUGGUGUAGCCUGGGAAACCACUCCAUUUGAAAUUGCAAAGACCUUGAGCAAAUCUCUUGCCGAUCGCGUUGUUAUUGCCAAGGUUGAUGGUGUUUUGUUUGAUUUGGUUCGUCCAAUGGAGCAAUCCUGCUCACUGGAACUUCUUGAUUUUGACCACGAAGAAGGCAAAAAGGUGUUUUGGCACUCCUCGGCUCAUGUUUUGGGCGAGGCUUGUGAACUCCACUAUGGAUGUCAUCUCUGCAUUGGUCCACCAAUUGAGGAAGGAUUUUAUUACGAAAUGUCCAUGGAGCGAUCUGUCACUCUUGCAGACUACGAGUCUCUGCAGACUCUUGCCAAAAGAGCCGUUAGUGAGAAGCAGCCAUUUGAGCGUCUUGUUGUCAGCAAGGAAAACUUGUUGGAAAUGUUCCAAGACAACAAAUAUAAGGUGCAUAUAAUCAAGGACAAGAUUCCUGACAACACCUCCACUACUGUGUAUCGAUGUGGUCCAUUGAUUGAUUUGUGCUAUGGUCCUCAUAUUCCCAAUACCAACCGUAUCAAAGCUCUCAAGGUUACCAAAAACUCUUCCUCUUAUUUCCUUGGUAAUGCUCAAAACGAUUCUUUACAGCGAGUGUACGGUGUAUCGUUCCCUGAUACCAAGCUUAUGAAAGAAUACGAAAAAUUUGUUGAAGAGGCUGAAAAGCGUGAUCAUCGCAAGAUUGGAACAGAACAAGAGCUGUUUUUCUUUAACGAUUUUAGUCCUGGCAGUGCCUUUUUCUUGCCCCAUGGCACUCGUAUCUACAACACCCUUAUUGAUCUCCAGCGUAGCGAAUACCGCAAGCGUGGCUUUCAUGAAGUUGUCACUCCUAACAUGUACAACACCAAACUAUGGGAGCGUAGUGGUCAUUGGGCCAACUACCACGAGGAUAUGUUUGCCCUUGAUGUUGAAAAGGAAAAGUUUGCAUUGAAGCCCAUGAACUGUCCAGGACAUUGUCUAAUAUUUAAAAAUCGCGAUCGUUCUUACCGUGAGCUUCCACUUCGCCUGGCAGAUUUUGGAGUGCUGCAUCGUAACGAGGCUUCUGGCGCACUUUCAGGACUCACUCGCGUACGUCGUUUCCAGCAGGAUGAUGCACACAUUUUCUGCCGUUUGGACCAGAUUGGCACUGAAAUGGAGGGAUGCCUGGAUUUUCUCAAGCAUAUUUACAGCAUUUUUGGAUUCACAUUUGAGCUGAAGCUGUCUACUAGACCCGAAAACUUUUUAGGAGAGAUUGCUACGUGGGACCAGGCUGAAAAGCUUCUUGAAGAAGCUUUAAACAAGUUUGGGUCUACAUGGUCGCUUAAUGAAGGGGAUGGAGCCUUUUAUGGACCCAAGAUUGACAUUGUGAUUUCAGACGCACUUCGUCGUCGUCAUCAGUGUGCCACAAUCCAAUUGGACUUUCAACUUCCAGAUCGAUUUGAGCUUGAGUACCGUACAGAUGAUCCAGCGAAUCAAUUUUCUCGUCCAGUAAUGAUUCAUCGAGCUAUUCUUGGAUCAGUUGAGCGAAUGAUUGCUAUUCUUACAGAGAAUUUUGCAGGAAAGUGGCCAUUCUGGCUUUCUCCACGCCAAGUGAUUGUUGUUCCGAUUGCUGUGCCAUUUAAUGAGUAUGCUACCAAAGUUGCCAAUCAACUCUAUGCAGCGGGACUCUAUGCCGAAGCAGAUGUAAGCGAUCUGACACUCAAGAAGAAGAUUCGAAAUGCAGAGAUUGCUCAGUGGAAUUUUAUCUUUGUUGUUGGAGAGGAAGAAGAAAAGAGCGAUUCUGUCAACUGCCGCAACCGCGAUGAUCCUUUAUCCAAGAACAAGGGAGUGUGUGUAAGCGUGCAGGAGAUUCAAGGCAAGUUGAUCAAGAUACAGGAUUCUCGCAGCAUGGAUCAGACUGUUUAAGAGUAUAUUUCAAUGGGUUGAAAUGCCAAAAACUUGAAUGACUUUUAGAUAAUGAAUAAAACAUUAGUUUUAACAUUUGCAAC